CCAACAUAGACCCUUCACAUAUUUCUAAUUCUAAGUCCAUACAUAUGCGACAACUUGGUGAAAAUGACAACAGAAUCAUCGAAAGUUGACUGGAGCCUGGCAGAUGGUCAAGGAUACAUCCUCGACCGCGAUCGAAGUCGCAGUCACAUCGCCGCCUGCCGUCUCAACCUCCAACACUACCUCUGGAAAGAAGCAUUGAAAUUCAACAUCCACCCCUCCAUUUUGCUCCCCAAGAACAACACUAUUGCCGAUGUCGCGACCGGCACAGCGAUGUGGCCUAUAGAUGUCGCUCGACAGUUUCCAGACGCUCAGAUCCACGGUUUUGACAACGAUAUUCGUCAGGCUCCUCAUCGAGAUUGGCUACCGUUGAACCUGAGUAUCCGUUACUGGAACAUUUUUGAGGAGCUACCUAAUGAUCUUGUUGGGAAAUAUGAUUAUGUUCAUGUUAGAUUGCUUGUCUUGGUGAUUCAGGAAGGAAACCCUCGAUCUGUGCUUCGAAAGCUUUGGAAGAUGCUCAAGCCUGGAGGCUUUCUACAGUGGGACGAGCUCGACUGUGUGAACAUGCAUGUGAAAAAAGUGGAUCCAAGUCUACAAUCACCGGCUUUAGACGAGAUCCGGGAGAUGUCUUGGGCGAAUGGUAGACAUGACUGGACUAUCGAACUUCCACGAUUCAUGACUGAAGAAGGAUUCCAGGACGCAAAAAUUGAGUAUUUUGGAGAUGGACCGGAGUUGAGCAGAGCGUUCAAUGAGCAACAUCUGCUCACGAUGGAGGAGUUUGCUUCGAGCUUGAUCAAGAUUGGGAAGGUGGAGGCCGGUCUAAAAUUUCAUCGUCUUAUUGAGGAUGGGUACCAGGAAUCAACGAUUGGAGCGGCUCUAUGUAUCCCAAGAGUUGUAUGUGUUGCUAAAAAGCCGCUUUAAAGUGUGGUAGCCAGCAGAAGCAUGUUUUGGUCGAGUUGGG